GGGCGGGAGGGCUGGCGGGCGGCCCCCGCUCCCCGGCUCCGCGGCUCGGUGCAGCCCGCGCGGCCCCCGCCCUCGGACCCGCCCCCGGGGGUCGCCCGGCCCCAUGCCCUGCAGCGGCGGCGGAGCAGCGCGCGGCCGCGGGCGGCUCUGAGGAGCCCGGAGGGAGCCGGCGACUAGGGGACCAUGUACCGGGACCCGGAGGCGGCCAGCCCAGAAGCCUGGAGGUUAAAGAUGGAAGCCUCCCAUUCGGCAGAUGUGGCCUUUCCAAUCUUGCAGAGCUGUGUUCCUCCACCCCAGGAAGGGAAGGGCAGGACCAGGUCCUUGGUGUCUGCUAGUUGUCCAGGGGCGCCCACCCGCGAUGUCCUGCUGGUCUCUGCCAUUAUCACCGUCAGCCUUAGCAUCACUGUCGUCCUCUGCGGCCUCUGCCACUGGUGUCAGCGCAAACUGGGCAAACGCUACAAGAACUCCCUGGAGACUGUGGGCACGCCAGACUCAGGGCGUGGGCGCAACGAGAAGAAGACCAUCAACGAUCUAGACAGAGACUUUUGGAAUAACAAUGAGAGCACAGUGCAGCAGAAAUGGAGCUCCUAUCCUCCCAAGGAGUUUAUUCUAAACAUUUCACCCUACGCCCCUUAUGGCGACCCACGACUGUCCCUCAAUGGCACCCUCCUGUCGGGCGCCAAGGUGGCCGCCGCGGCGGGGCUGGCGGUGGGGCGGGAAGGCCGGCCGGGGGAGAAGCCAGCGCUGGUGCCGCCACCCAGAGAGGACACCUCGAGAAGCGGCGGGGCUGCCCCCAGCGAGCCGGGCAGCGGUGGCAAGGCGGGGAGAGGCCGCUGGCGGACGGUGCAGAGCCACCUGGCCGCAGGGAAGCUCAACUUGUCCAAUUUCGAGGACUCCACCCUGUCCACGGCCACUACCCUUGAGUCUAUCCCCAGCUCCGCGGGAGAGCCGAAAUGCCAGCGACCCCGCACCCUGAUGCGGCAGCAGAGCCUGCAGCAGCCGCUGAGUCAGCACCAGCGGGGCCGGCAGCCCAGCCAGCCCACCACCAGCCAGAGCCUGGGCCAGCUGCAGGCCCACGCGGCCUCGGUGCCGGGCCCCAACCCCCGGGCCCAUGGCCGGGGCCAGGCUCGGCAGGGCACCUCGGCCGGCUCCAAGUACCGGGCGGCCGGCGGCCGCAGCCGCUCCAACCCAGGCAGCUGGGACCACGUGGUGGGGCAGAUUCGAAACCGAGGCUUGGACAUGAAAUCCUUCCUGGAAGGCAGGAUGGUGGUGCUAUCCUUGGUCUUAGGGCUUUCGGAACAGGAUGACUUUGCCAAUAUCCCUGACCUGCAAAACCCAGGAACCCAGCAGAACCAGAACGCUCAGGGGGACAAGAGGUUGCCUGCAGGAGGGAAGGCAGUGAACACAGCCCCAGUGCCGGGCCAGACACCCCAUGAUGAGUCUGACCGCCGGACUGAGCCACGCUCCUCCGUCUCGGACCUCGUCAACUCCCUCACCAGUGAGAUGCUCAUGCUCUCCCCAGGCUCCGAAGAGGAGGAGGCCCACGAGGGCUGCAGCCGGGAGAACCUGGGCCGGAUCCAGUUCAGUGUCGGCUACAACUUCCAGGAGUCCACGCUCACCGUGAAGAUCAUGAAGGCCCAGGAGCUGCCCGCCAAGGACUUCAGCGGCACCAGCGACCCCUUCGUCAAGAUCUACCUGCUGCCAGACAAGAAGCACAAGCUGGAGACCAAGGUGAAGCGGAAGAACCUGAACCCCCACUGGAACGAGACCUUCCUCUUCGAAGGUUUCCCCUACGAGAAGGUGGUGCAGAGGAUCCUCUACCUCCAGGUCCUGGACUAUGACCGGUUCAGCCGCAAUGACCCCAUUGGGGAAGUGUCCAUCCCUCUCAACAAGGUGGACCUGACCCAGAUGCAGACCUUCUGGAAGGAUCUGAAGCCAUGCAGCGAUGGGAGUGGGAGCCGAGGGGAGCUGCUCUUGUCUCUCUGCUACAACCCCUCUGCCAACUCCAUCAUCGUGAACAUCAUCAAAGCCCGGAACCUCAAAGCCAUGGACAUCGGGGGCACAUCAGACCCCUACGUGAAGGUGUGGCUGAUGUACAAAGACAAGCGGGUGGAGAAGAAGAAGACAGUGACGAUGAAGAGGAACCUGAACCCCAUCUUCAAUGAGUCUUUUGCCUUUGAUAUCCCCACGGAGAAGCUGAGGGAGACGACCAUCAUUAUCACUGUCAUGGACAAGGACAAGCUUAGCCGCAACGACGUUAUUGGCAAGAUCUACCUGUCCUGGAAGAGCGGGCCUGGGGAGGUGAAGCACUGGAAGGACAUGAUUGCCCGUCCCCGGCAGCCGGUGGCCCAGUGGCACCAGCUGAAGGCCUAAGUGUGGCCACGGGAGGCCCAGGGGGCUGAGGGCCCGGGUCCCCAUCAUGCCCUCACCACUUUAUGCACAAUGCCCGGCCUGGCCCCCCGCCAUAGGUGAGGGGAGGACCCUGAGGGCUUGGCCAGGGAGGGGUCCCAGGAGUCAGUUGGGCGCCGUUUCUAGGAAGUACCAGCCUCAUCCUCCACUGGUCCAGCUCUGGGGGAGGGGCUCUGGGAGCCAUUUUCCUGCUUUGCCCCUUUCCUUCCUGACUUGCUGAUACUAAAGAAGUGGGGGAGAGCGUGAAGUCCAGACAGGCAGACGGGCAGAUCCCUCCAGAGACCCGCCAGGUGGGCACAGUCCCCCGUUUUCUUUCAGGCAGUGCCUGGAGUGGAGAGAAGCUGCCCUCUCCCCAGCUCCCAAUGUGGGCCCAGGAGAGGGGAGGCCGAGGCGUUUGGCCCCGGCCUGGCCAGGAGAGGCCCGUCCCAGGGCAGUUUCAGGUGCCGGCUGGGCCCUGAAUGCCAAGGAUAGUAUAUAGCCUGCUCCAGGGUCCUGGAGCCACAGCCCAUGUACUUGGUGUCGCAUCCACCGUGUGUGCGCGUGUGUGUGUGUACGGGGGUGGGGGCACGCUUCCCCUGUCCGCCUGGGGCCAGCCGUGCAAAGAAGGCAGGCUUUCAUAAAGUGAGGCAGGGUAGGAGGCCAAGAGAGGUCAAUGCACAGAGCAGGGGAUGGGCAAGGAGAGGCCGGUGAGGGGUGAGAAGUGAAAUGUGGGGCGGGGGAAGAGGCCCGAGAACUUGGCUGCUCCCGCCGCCCCCACCCGCUGCCCCUCUCUGCGCCUUGCCGAGCAAUUUCACCUCUUGAACAUCAUUUCACAGCUUUUAGGCACCUACUGCGUGUAUCACAUUCCACCAGGACCCCCUCCUCUCCUUCUCAGGGGUCCCAAGCCCCCACUAGCUCUCUUCCCUAACACCCUCGCCCAGACACCCUCAGCCUUCCCAGAUCUCAGAUCCCAGCCAAGUUGGCAAAAUUCUCCAUGCUUCCCAGAUUCCUUCCCUGUCUGUGCAGCCCUCUGCCACCCCUCCAUCCCCCGAGCUCUCGCAGACCUUCCCUUCCCUUCCCUUCCCUCCCUCCCUCCCUCCCUUCCAUUCGGGGGCCCGAGUCUCUGGCCCAGCCUUCUUUCCCCACUGCUCCCAGUCCCUCAGAGCAGCUCCUUCUGCCCCUCUCAGUUCAGGCAGACGAAGCAGGCAGAAGUCCAGAUUCUACAAGUUUUGAGGUUGCCCCACACAGAGAAGUCAGGGCUUCUCUGCCUCGGCUGCUGCAGAGACUAAAACUGGCCUCCCCUUGGAGACAGCAGAUUCCGGGAUGAUCCCUGCUUAAGCCUGCUCAGCCCCACGAGGGUCCUGGUAUUGAUACAAGACGGCGGGCAACAGUCUCAAGUCCAGGGGUCCGCCCGCCUGGGCCUGCCACUUCCGGCACAGGCCGCCAGGUGGCGCCCAGACACCACGUCGGUGGCCGCGGCCUGGGACCACAGUUCUGCCCGGAGAUGGGCUUGACCCCAAGGGGGGACUCUGGAUAGGGUCCCCACUUACAGAGCACGGCAAAAGCAUGGGAACUUGGGAGCCAUUUUCUUUCAGUAGGCUGCCCCUUGAGCUGCCCGUAUCAAAAUGUAUUACACUGAAAUUCACACCCCUGCCCCCAUUCCCUCCCCCUAAGGAUCUGGAGGAAUAUCAUACAGCGUAGGUGAAUCAUUUCGUAGAUUGAAGAGUGCUCUUGUAAAGCAAAUAGUCACCCACAUUCCUUGUAAAUCCCAAUUUUUCUGUAUUGUAGCUUUGCUUAAAAUGGGGGCCUGCCCCAACCGCGGGGUCUUUACUGGGCGGGCUGGGGACCAGACCCCCCAGCGGGACGGGAAGGCAGCAACUCCGAAGGCUGUGUGGAAGGGAUCAGAGGGUUUUGUGGGAAGCCUUGCAAGGCGAGGGAUCUGUCCUCCUCCAUACCUCCCUCAGAUCCUGUGCCCCUCCACCACGCGGUGCCAGCCCCGCCCCCAUGGCUCCCUGCCUGUUGCGCAGCCCUGGGGGGAGGGAUUGAACCAACCUGCAACGAGUGGGCGGGGCAACUGCAUCUCUUUUUUCCGAGCCCCGCCGACGGGGCUCUUAGCCAAUCACAUGCAGAGAGCAUCUUCGGGCGGAGUCUGUUCCCAACCUGACCCACCCAGGCAAACUGGUGAACCAGUGAAACCUGCCUGGGUUUUCCAAGCCCCAGAGACGCCGCCGCCGGGAGGCCGCGGAGGGGCGACAGGUGGUGGGCCAAGGGCCCGGUGGGCUGGUACAGGAGGAGACGGGUGGUAUGCGGUGAGGGCGGGGGUGGGC